ACAAGGAGAAAGGCACAAUUGAAAUGUAAUGUGUACAACUGUCUAUCUCUCCCUUUCCUUCACCAGAGGCCUCAGCUUAAUUUGCCGAAACAUUGCACACCACUCAUCAUUAUCUCUCCCCCUUCCCUUCUCUCGCACUGAAUCCCAGCUCCAUCCCCUUCUUCUUCUGCUAUCUCCCUCUUCUUCUCCAUGGGUUGAAGAACAACACCCCGCCGCCUCGAUUGCCUCUUUUUCCCCCUUUUUUUCUAGAAAUAUAUGGAGUGGGAUAGUAAUUCUGAUCUGAGUGGAGAUGAAGAUGAGGGCUUCUUGCUCAACGAUGGCGCCCCUGUUCCUUUCCCUAUUCCCACCUCGCUGCAAACGGCUCCUUGUGGCUUUGUCGUCACCGAUGCUCUCGAGUCCGACCAUCCCAUCAUUUAUGUCAAUACCGUCUUUGAGAUGGUUACCGGUUAUCGCGCCGAGGAAGUUCUUGGCCGCAAUUGCCGUUUCUUGCAAUGUAGAGGACCAUUUGCAAAAAGACGACACCCAUUGGUGGAUUCCACCGUUGUUUCAGAAAUAAGAAGAUGCCUUGACGAGGGAAUUGAAUUCCAAGGCGAGUUGUUGAAUUUUAGAAAGGAUGGAUCUCCAUUGAUGAACAGAUUGCGUCUUACACCUAUAUACGGAGAUGAUGAGACAAUCACUCAUGUUAUUGGGAUCCAGUUCUUCACAGAGGCAAACAUUGAUCUAGGUCCAGUGUCAGUAUCUUCUAUAAAGGAGUCUUUGAAGUCAUCUGAUCGUUCUCGAACUGGAUUUUCUGCUUUUUGUCCUGUUGUAGUUGGAGACCGAAAUGUCUCUCGUGGGCUUUGUGGGAUAUUGCAAUUGAGUGAUGAGGUGCUGUCUCUCAAGAUACUUUCACGAUUGACACCAAGAGAUAUUGCAUCAGUUGGUUCCGUCUGUAGGCGACUUUAUGAGCUGACAAAAAAUGAGGAUCUUUGGCGGAUGGUCUGUCAAAAUGCAUGGGGUUGUGAGACUACUCGUGUUUUAGAGACGGUUCCUGGUGCUAAGAGACUUGGGUGGGUGAGGCUGGCAAGGGAAUUGACCACUCUUGAAGCAGCUGCAUGGAGGAAACUUACUGUUGGAGGUGCUGUUGAACCUUCACGGUGCAACUUUAGUGCUUGUGCUGUUGGCAAUCGUGUUGUGCUUUUUGGUGGUGAAGGGGUAAACAUGCAACCAAUGAAUGACACCUUUGUGUUGGAUCUAAAUUCAAGCAACCCUGAGUGGCAACAUGUCCAGGUGAGCUCUCCUCCACCGGGUCGUUGGGGACAUACACUAUCUUGUGUAAAUGGGUCUCAUCUGGUGGUAUUCGGAGGUUGUGGAAGGCAGGGCCUGCUUAAUGAUGUUUUUGUGCUAGAUUUGGAUGCAAAGCCUCCAACCUGGCGAGAGAUCUCAGGAUUGGCUCCACCACUUCCUAGAUCAUGGCACAGCUCCUGCACUCUCGAUGGGACAAAGCUGAUUGUUUCUGGUGGUUGUGCAGAUUCAGGAGUACUGCUUAGUGAUACUUUCCUGCUUGAUCUUUCAAUGGAAAAACCUGUGUGGAGAGAGAUACCUGUAGCAUGGACCCCACCUUCACGCUUGGGUCACACACUGUCAGUAUAUGGUGGUAGGAAAAUAUUGAUGUUUGGGGGUCUUGCUAAGAGUGGUCCACUCCGGUUCCGUUCCAGUGAUGUAUUCACAAUGGAUUUAAGUGAAGAGGAACCAUGUUGGAGAUGUGUAACUGGGAGUGGAAUGCCUGGUGCUGGAAAUCCAGGUGGCAUAGCUCCCCCUCCAAGACUUGAUCAUGUUGCCGUGAGCCUUCCUGGUGGAAGAAUCCUCAUCUUUGGUGGGUCUGUUGCUGGUCUUCACUCAGCUUCCCAACUUUAUAUCCUGGACCCAACCGAUGAAAAACCUACGUGGAGGAUACUGAAUGUGCCAGGGCGACCGCCGAGGUUUGCUUGGGGUCACAGUACUUGUGUUGUUGGUGGGACAAGGGCGAUUGUACUCGGCGGGCAAACAGGUGAGGAGUGGAUGUUAACUGAGCUCCACGAACUAUCGCUGGCAAGUUCAGUUAUCUGAUCAUCAUCACUGUCAUGUCUAAAAGAGGAAAAUAAAAUAGUAAUUCGUUAUCCAUUCAAAAUGAGUUUCACCAAUCCCAAGAUUGAGAUACAAUUCUCACAACUGGAUUGGUGAAGACCCUUUGGUUAAUAGGAAAGAAAAAAAGGGAAAAGAAAAGAAAAGAAAAAGAAAGAAAAGAGACGAGACGAAAAAAGAUGAUGUGGUGAUGGCAGUGACUUUUGUAAUAGGUGAAGCCAUGUGGUGUACCAGGUUGGUCUGGCUCGGGAUAAAAAUUUGAAAUGAGAAACUUGGAAAAAUUGUUCUUUUGUUUUGGUUUAUUUUUGUAAGGUUUGUGUGAACUGCCUGACAAUGCUCACCAUGGAUUAUUCUUGCUUCUUAGGAUAUAGCAGUAUUUGAUAGACAGACAGACAGACAGGUAGGUAAUAUAUAUAUAUAUAUAUAUAUAGGGUAGUAGUUGUUGUGCCCCAUCCGUUUAAUUGUUGUAUUCUGUAAUUAAAAAAAAUUGCAAAAGAGGGAUCUUGCAUUUUCUUUAUUA